AUGUUUCUGAAUGAAGCUCUGAAGAGUGUCUUACCGGAGGGCCAGGAGUUUGAAACUCUUCAUUUGCGUAGUCCGCCAAUUGAAUGUCACCCUUUGGUAACAAAACAAUCUUCCUCGUCUAAUGAUUGGAUAACCGUGAAAGCUCAACAUUUCUUCAUUCUGUUCCAUAACGGGAAGACCAUUUUUGGCUUGCAAAUAUACGUCUAUAUCAAUCUCAAAGCUGCUGGCUCCUCAACACAAGAUGGCGAAAGAAUGAUUUUUAUCUCCAAGGCAGACACCACAGGGCAUGCGGAUUGUAAAGUAAAUUACAGAGGUGUAACAAAAGUGGUGAUCGAAUACCUUUUAUCGCUUGAUCCCAACUCCUACUUACAAAAGGUUAUUCCGAAGCAACGCGAUUACGGGAAGAUUGAAGCCAUUCUGAUCACAAAGAAAACCAGCUCAAUCAGAGCGCUCCGUAUACUGUCGAAUCGGAGCGUAUCAUCUGAUAGCCCGGAAGAAAAAUCCCAAAGUCAAUUUUACAAUUCCUAUCGUUGCAAGCCCGGCUUAAAAACUAAGGUAUGUCUAUUUACGAGACCUGCUCCACAAUAUUUGUUCCCAGAGUCGUCCAAAAACCCCAAGAAGCGAGUAAUUGACGGAGAGAGGCUGCUUCGGUGGUGGAUCAGCAUAUUGGACGACAUACUCCAUGGAACUUUUCAAUCGGGCACCGAAGCGAGAUUGCUCAUUCCAGGCGAAGACUCGACAAGCAUAAGACGAUACCUGAGGGACCUCAAAUAUGGUGGUUGGGAAGUUGGGGAUAUAUUCGGCACGAAGGACAAGGAUAUUGCAGUAUACCACGUUCCUCUGUUUCCGGAUGAUCCUAAGGCUCGUUUCUUGCGCCAGCUGGUGGAAGAGAACCGCGCACGCAAAACAACCCUCGAAACAUUCUGGAUCGAGUUACAGAAUCGUCAAGAGUUCAAGCUAAGCGUAGCUGUUUCUGUCAUAGGCAUACAAGGUCUGACAGCUGUAGAAUCGUUACAACGACCAUCGCCAUGUGAUGUCGUUCUAAGUUCAAGAAAAGACUUUAAUGCACUGAAGAGAUAUGUUACUGGAGAAAAGUAUGACACAGUAGCCGGCGCUGCAGAAGCCUACUCAAAUGUGCGGGAUUACUUGUCCAUCAGAUGCAAUCAAAAGAUGACAAUAAUUGUCGGCCAGUACGCUACUGGCUGCGAAACAAGGAAUCUGGAUUUUAAAUCAAAGAAAACAGGCAUAACGGCCAAUACCUUGCAACCACGUAAAAAGGCAAAAAAGUAG